AUGAGGCACCGACACGGCGCUGACCUCGCUGCUGAGGCGCGGCUCUUGCAGCGUGGGCCACGGCGUGGCGUGCGCCUGGCGGCCGGGGAGUGGGAGAUCCCGGGGCCGGGGUGGGAACGGUCGUUGCAUGCUCUGCUGCGCCACGUCAUCGGUGGCCUGGGAUGGGAUGAGUGCAACGACUCGCUGACUCCGGUGGCUGAUGCAGGCGACUCGGAGGCGCCGCGGGCGUCGUACAACAAGAACUCCUUUCCACGGAAUCUCUGCACCAUCCCAUGGAACCCAAUGAUCUCACCAGGCCGCACCGGCGGGGUGCCGUGCCUCUGGUUCCCGGCGCCUAAGGCGGCAUCGGUGGUGAUGUACUUCCAUGCCAACUCCGAGGACAUCGGAACGGCAUUCCACUUUGUGAAGCACAUGCGCGACCAGUUCAAGGUCAAUGUGAUCUCCAUCGAAUACCCGGGCUAUGGUCUUCUGCAGGGGAUCGAGCCUACCGAGGAGACCAUCUUUGAAGUGGCGCUGACGGUCUUCAGAUAUUUGGUGGAUGAUUUGCGGGUGAGCUACAGCUCCGUCAUCGUCUUCGGCCGAUCACUGGGCAGCGGUCCCGCCAUCUUCUUGGCCGCGCAAUAUCCGUUGGGCGGCAUGAUCCUGGUCUCUCCCUUCAUCAGCAUCCGCGCGGCGGCGCGGCACAUCGGUGGCCGGCUGGUGGCCUUCUUGUUUAGCAACGUCUUCCAGAACCAACGGAGGAUGGUGAACGUCUCAUGCCCCGUGCUGUUUAUCCACGGUGCCAGUGAUUCGCUGAUUCCGGUGGAGCACUCCAAGACGUUGUUUGGCCUCUGUCGCUCGCGGAAACUGCUGGUUACACCCGCCAAGAUGGAUCACAACAGUAGCAUGUUUAGCGAUCCGAAUGCCUUUGCUGUGCCGGCGAUCCACUUCUUCGGCUUUCCGGGUUGGAGGACUUUGACCCCGCCCUUCAUGCCCUUCGAUCUCUUUGAGGCGCAUCGAAAUGAAGAACCCGCUCUGAGAGACGGUUCGGGCAGAAAGGGAGAGGGUCCCGAGUCCUGGCUCUACAACUGCUGUGGCAAGUUGUCUGAGGAGACGAGCGAUCAAGUGCUGGUGAGACAGGAAAAAACACUCCAAGAGGAGUGCGUGCAGAACGACUACGCCUCAACCGCCUUCGCUGAGGUUUUACGUGCUCCCUUGUUGCCCCUGGCCCUCCGAGCAGCCUCAGAUGAGGAUGCCACCCUGGCCGAGCUCUUUAAGAGCCUCCUGAAACAGCUUGUGGCCUGGAUGGCGCACCGCCCAGCCACAGCGAGUCUCAGCAGCUUACGCGACGCGCUGCUGGAGUCCAUGGGGGAUCCCCUGAGCCCGGCGCUUCGCUAUACUGCAGCACAGUUCUUCGCAGAGCUCUUGGUGGCCCUUCAAGCAAAGCCGUCUUCGGCGAAGCGGCUGCUACAGUACCUCAUUUCUGCGGCCAAACACGUGGAUCGACGCACGCAGUUAGCGGCCCUGCGAGCACUACGUACGUCCUGGUGUUCCUUCAGCUGGGAACCAGAAGCAGAUUUGCCUGCCCUGGAUGUGAUGCAGGUAGUCAUCCUUUGCCUCCAAACCUCGCACGCUGAUGGAGCCGCGGGCUUUCCAGCUCAGGACGAGUGA